AUGAAGACCUCGAGUGCUCUCCUGACCCUCGGCUCGGCCGCCAUGGUCGCCGGCCUUCAGCAGUGCACCGGCUCCGCCAAGGACGAGGGCGGCAACUGGUUCUGCGGUGCCGUUGACCAAAUCCUGUAUUCGAACGUCGGCCACCCUGGCACUUACAAGGCUGUGUCUCAUAUGGGAAGCGACGGUUCUUGCAACUUCGAAGACAAGGCCUUCACCGGCCCUCUUGCUCCUUUCAACGAGGAGCUCGCUCUCCUUUUCCGCGGACCCCUGGAGCUGGACCGCCUCAGCGUCUAUAACAUCGUCGAGAAGAAGCAGAAGCGUGAUGCUGGUGUCCCCCAGUCUCAGAUCCACGCCCGCCGCCACAUCCACGGCCAUCACCAUCUGCACAAGAAACACGCCCAGGAGAAGCGCGGCGAGGACUGGAUCACGGCCACCAUUGAUGGCCAGGUUGUCUCCUGGAUCAACACCUACCAUGGUGCCACUGAUGUCCCUUCCACCGAGCCCGCCGCUGAGGAGAAGCCCGCCCCCGAGGAGAAGCCAGCAGCCCCUGAGGUUCAGGCGCAGGCCUUGAAGGAGUAUCCGGAGCCUACCACCACCUCCGUGGCCCCUAGGCCCACGCCUACCAAGUCCACUCCGGAAAAUGUUGCCACUGGUGACUAUACCCGCAUUGCCCACUACGACGCUGACAAGGGUGUUGCCGAUGGACUGGUCUUCCUUGGCAAUUACGGCGGCGACGGCUCUGGAGUUUUCGACAAUGUUUGGGGCAACUCGCUCUCCUACAUCAACUCCAAAGCUACCGGUGGCUCCCCGUCCCCUCAGAUUCUCGAGAAGGUCUUGAUCCCCUCCAACAAGGAAUUCGCCAUAUACUCGGACAAGCCCUGUACCGAUGGCAGCUGCGGCUACGUCCGUCCUGGCUCUGUUGCUUAUCAUGGUUUCGGAGGCGAGUCCAAGGUCUUCCUGAUGCGGUUCAGCAUGCCCUUCGAUGGCAGCAGCGGCUUCAACGCUGACAUGUCCGCCGCCUGGCUUUCAACGUCAAUAUUCCCCGCACCCAGUAAUAUAGGCGACUGCUCCUGCUGUCAGACCGACUGCGGCGAAUUUGACAUCCUCGAAGUCCUCGCCUCCGGCGACACCAAGUGCAAGAGCACCUUCCACACCAACGUCAACGGCGGAUCGUCCGACUACUUCAAGCGUCCCACGGACGGCUUCAUCAACGUCGCUACUGUCUUCGAUGCCGCCAGCGGUCAAGUCUCCGUCAAGAUCCUGGGUGACAACGUUGACUUUGCUACCAGCCUCAGCGAGGACCUGGUCCAGAGCUGGAUCCAGACUGGGAAGGACAAUAGUCUUUUCAGUCUGUUCUCGCUUGCUAGCUAA